UCAAGUCCCACAGCCAACUGGAAACAUCUGUGGGCCGUUGGUUCAGCAAAUGAAAGCUGGACUUGAAUUAUUGGAAUCCAACUUAACUCAAACAAAGCGGAUAAUGACAAUGGAAAAAGAACAGAUUGCAAAAGAAAGGGACAACCUUAACCUGGAAGCCAUCCGUCUCAGGAGGGACAAAUCUACUCUGGAAAAGGAGCUAGAGCUCUCCAAGCAGAGUACAAAGGACCAGUUCUCCCAGUUGUUGGCUCCUGUCUCCGGUGUCUCUAAGGCUUUACUGGAGAAAAUUGAUUCUCUCUUCCCUGAGCACCUCCGAUUCCAGCUCACUUGUGAAAAACAGAAGGAACACCUGGAGCAGAUCCAGUCCAACUGCACCAACCUUUCCCGGGAAGUAGAGGGCAAGCUCCAAUACUACCUGAACAUUGUAGGAGACAAGGUGUCGAACAUGCAGAACGAGAACAACCACUUAAAGGCAGAGAACUGGCGUCUGUCUGAGGACUAUCGCUGGUGUAGCCAAAAUCGUACGAGCAUGAUGAACGAGCACAAACGUAACGGAGAAGAAGUUCAGCUGAAACACGAUCAGGAGAAGGAGAGACUCCUGAUGGACAAGAUGAAGCUGAAUGGAGAGAUAGAGAUCCUGAAGAACAGCGUGAAGUACAAAAAUGCAGAGAUGGACAUUCUGAGAGAACAAUAUAAUCAUCUCAACAUGUCAUGCACGUCAAGGAAUGGACUAGGUGGAUAUUCAGGAGGGGCCCUGGGGUCACGGCAAAACACACCGUUUGGUGGUGGCUCGUUUGGUGGUGGUUCCAGUCAUUCAUCCUCCAGUACUUACAAUUUAGGUCAAAGCGAGAAUUCUACCACUGAACCACCAACCACCAACUGA